AUGUUAUUAAUAUUAUUAUAGGUGGUCUUUACUUAGAGAAUCUUCUCUCCAAGCAUAAAACACCUCUAUGAAUAGAUUCCUCACACAUUCUAUUCUCCAAAUAUUAAUUCAACACUACUUCUUUAAUACAAUAGGUAAUCAGUAACAAUUUAUAUUUCCCAAGCUAUCCUGGAGUAUACUCAAUGGAGCUUGGAGAAAUCUAAGAUGGAAAAUAUAUUCCUAUUCAUCCAAAUGUAACAUUAGAUCCAUUUACAUUACCUGGGUGCAAUUAGUAUGAAAGAAGGUUGAUUUAUAAACAUUUAGUAAAUAAAUCAGCCCAAACUAAUAAUGCCUUUUUUACUAAUAUGUAUGUUGAUGAUAAUUUUGUAUUUGUUACAAGAAGCGAUAAUUCGAUACUUACUUUUGAAAUUGACCUUAAUAUGCUUGAUAGAACAGUAAAUGAUUUAACUCUAAAAAGCAUACAUACUACACAUGGAAAUAGUUCAGAGCAUCAUAUUGCUUGUUUAAAUAAAACAUGUGCUGUAUUUGGCUAAGAUUCUGCCUUUUUAUAUAAAGAAUCCAAAUUCAAACUUAUUGAAUUGGAAAAGAAUUCCCAAAAUUAAGUUAAUUUUCCGACAAGAAUAUAUUUUGAUGAAAAAUUGAAUGCACUGUAUCUAAUAUAUGGUACCAACAUGGUUGAAGUUUAUCAGUUUACAGAAUCAAGUUUAGUAAGAUUUACAUCUUUUACUGCAGGAAAGGAAAUAGUGUCAGUUAGAACAAAUGCUGAAUCAACAAUUUUAUAUUUGUUAGAUAAAUCUGUUGGUCUUUUAGCUUAUAAGAUAUUGUCAAUAGGAGAAUAUAUUGAUACAGGUUUUAUGAUUGCUUUACAAAAUUGUAUAUAGUUUGAUUUUUAUGAAAAUACUUUUUUCUUGAUUGCUGAAACAACUGAUAGAAUUCCUUAUGCACUUGAAGUUUUAGUGGAUGAAGAUAAUUACUAUUUUAAUAAAAUAUAUUCUAAAGAUAUGGAAAUUUAUGAUGUUUGGGUUGGAGAACAUGUAGCUAUAUUAAUUGGAGAAGAGAAUCAUAGAGUUAUUUAUCAUUCUGUUUAUAAUAAAUUUAAAAUUGAUAGUGAAAUUCCUUUAUUUUUUUAAGAUAUAGAUCUUAUGAAUGUUGAAGAAUUUAGAAAAUGGGAAUCUACUUCAUAUUCAAAAAAUGCUAUAGAAUAAGAUCCAUUUUCAAAGACAUCUUUAUCAUAUAAAUAAUCUUUUAUUGUAGGAAUUUCAAGCUAAUAACUUUCAAUAUUUUCAAUAAAAUCAAUUUCUCCUUGGUUAUAAUGUAAACCAAUUACUUCGAAUACUCUGUAAUAUUAUUUGAAAAUGAAUUCUACUAAUUGUCCUUCAAAAGUAAAAGAAAAUGAAUAUUCCUCAUUUUAAUAAUGUGUAAUUAUGCAUAAUUUUACUUUGGUAGGAAAAGAAAUUUUGUUUUAUGAAAAAGAUUAAACAUUUGUUAUAAUUGGAGGAUGUGCAUUGAUGUAAUUAUUUAUUUGAAAAGAUUAGAGGUUUUGUUCUUUUAUUAAUAAUUGCAGUUGUGUGUGUUAAAAAAUAUCUAGAUAAUAAAAUUAUAGAUUUAUCAAAACAUAUUAAACUUGAAGAAUUAGAUCCUCCAAUCAAUCCUUAAGAAAAUGCAAUAGUGUGA